CAUAUAUAAUCCCCAAAAACUAGAUCUAAAGAUCUCUUCGUAGAUCUAAUUAAAGAUGUCAACUAAGACGACGAUGACUUGUCUUCCGCCGGAUAGUGAAAUGGUACCGUCGUCACAUGCCAAGUGUACUUCGAUCCUUCGUGUCGCUCAUCACUUCCAUAUCUCUCAUCCUCGGAUUGCUUACCUAUGUGUUCAUGGUGCGCCUGAGGAGUCAAAAAAGAUUGACCCAUUAUCACUUACUCGUGGUGUUCGACAGUUUAGGUUUUCCCUUGAGCGUUGGAUUGAAAAGAAUGAUGAAACAAGUGAACAAGGACGAUUUCAGCCUAAUACUGAUGUACCUGAUUUGCAAAGUUUCUGUCUAGACUAUUACCAGAAAACUAUCGUAGCAAUGAUCAAGAUCACUAGCAAAAGAAAUUGAUUCAAGUGCAUCCACGUCUUCCUCUACUGAUAACCAAGUUUCCACAAGUGUCAAUGUCAGAGCUCUCGG